AAUUCUUUAAAAUUAAUAAUUUAAUUUCAUUGAAAAUAUUUUCAAUUUUUAUUCAUUUUAAUUUUAUUUUUAAAAAAUGGAAGAACAAGAAGGUUUAACUCAAAGUAAUGAACAAAAAUCACACAAUGGUUAUAAACUUGUUCAGUCAAGUAUAAAACAGAGUUACACUGCUUUGAAGAAGACAUCAGAGCUGCAAAAAAAGAUAGAACGUCAGAGAGAUGUGGCAAGAAGGACAGCAUCUUUUACUGACCAGCAAGGGAAAAAAUCUCAUUUUGUUUCACGGUCAAGACUGACUGUACCUUCAAAUAACAGUCGGGUAACACAGAAAGACAUGAUAAACUCUAGUUCUAACACAGCUGACCAGCAGCCACUAGUUGCUAUAAUGUCAGAUGAAAGUGAUGAGGAUGAAUUUGAUGUGCCAAGAUUACCUAAAGCUGCUCAUAAAGAAAUUACAGAACAAUUAAUCAAAGAUGGCUAUAACCUUGACCUUGAACCAGAUGAUGAAGAUCUUGACCUGAUACCACCACGGCCCCUUAAUGAGAGAUGUGCGUGUUGUCAGCUUACAAACUCUUGCUCAAUACUCUGACAUGUUCCAACACUGUGUAGUGCUUUCCCAUCAUGUUAUUGCAAGUGAUUGUUUCAAGAUAACAGAUAUUUUAUUCUAAUAUAUUAUUAUAGCUCAGUAUUGCUCCAUGUAACUCGUUGUUGUGGUCUUAAGAAUGUUACAUUGACAUAAUAACAAACUGCUUCUAAAUGUUCUGGGUGUUUAUUUUAUAUCUAUCCGAACUGUGUUAUUUUGCUAAGUUUAAAGUGCAGUUUCACAAUGAGAAGAAAACACACUUCAUUAAAGUCAUGCUUAGAAUGGAAAAGUAAACUAGAGUUAUAGCUUCUAAUAGAAUCUACUUACUUUAAAAAUUCCUUUGUUCUUCCAGAAAACAAAAUUGGCACUGUCAAUGAUUAUCAUUAUGUAUUAUCAGAACUUUCUACAUGUACAAAUAUAUAUAUAUAUAUAUUUAUUUAUUUUUGUUACCUUGAGCAAUAUAAAUACACUGACUCUAAAAACAAUAAUUGUAGAAGUGAUUGUGGUAACUAAAAAUAAUUAAAACAAUGACAGACAGAAACUAAAUGAAAAAGUUGAGCCUAAGAACUCCAAACUUUUUUUAUUUUUGAUAUUUAAAACUACAUCAGUUCAUUUUAAUCUCAGUUCCAGAUUUUUGAAAAAAAAAAUUAUUUGUUACUAUUUCAGUUUAUCUUUUUUUUUUUUUAAAUUUCAUUUUUGUUUUUACAAUUCCAUUUCAGUUUCAAUUGACUAAAAUCAUGAUAUGAACAAUGCAAAACUAAAUUUGUAUUAAAUUCUGACUGACUGAUGUUAGUGUUGUUUACUUUUCAUUCUCCUCCUUUUUUAAAAUCUCAAUUUCAUCUUUCUAUGUUCUAUAAUAAUUUUGUUUAAUAACAACUUGACAAAUUGUGUUUUAAAUUAUAGUAGUCCUAUUGAAUGUAAUGAUUCAACUGCAGUACAAACUCAUGGUUCUUAAAUUGUAAUUUACAAAACUAUUGUAAACUGAUUUUAAAUAUCAAGUCUUCAAGUAUACAGAAAAUCUACUUCACUUUUACAUAAGAAAUCUGUACAUUAACA